CAUUCUCACCAUUGACCUGUCUAGUGCCCGCUGUCUCCAUACUAGUCCACACAUAUCCUUCAUUUCAAAACAAUGACCAACGCAUCCGAAGCAAGUGCCGAGCACUUCGUAAACAACAUCCUCCCCCUAUAUCAGGGCCCGUCCGUCAAACUUCGAAUCCAGCCUACCAACAAGGAAUAUACGAUAUCCAAGAGCCUUCUCUGCGCGGAAUCGCCGGUCUUCUCAAGAAUGUUCAACGGUGAAUUUAUAGAGUCACAGCAGCAGACAGCCACUCUAGAAGAGACCGACGACGGUGUCUCGGUGCGUAGCCUUGAAGCACUCUUCCAAUGGCUAUACCAACACACUGUCAGGUUUGCGAUUAAAGACCCGGGAGAGCAUAUCUCGGCCGCCAUGGAGCUCGCAAGGCUUGCAGACAUGUACGAGAUCAAUGGAUUGGAAACUACAUUGGCCCAGUACAUCAGGAACAUCAUAAAACACAACCCUGAUCCAAUGACCGGAGGGUAUUGUCGACAUGUUGAUACCAACACUUAUUGUCUCACACAAGAUCAUAUCGCCUCAGCAACCUUGUUGCCUCGGGGGCAUCCAGUGCGAAGUGUUCUGGCUGCAGCAUCUGUUGAAGGCUUCCUCCGACACGCAGAUUACAAGUUCUGUGAAGAGGCUCAGGCAUACCCUUCUUUCGGAGCUGACCUUCUCCAAGAGAUUAGGCUCGUCCUACAUAAGUUGGAGCCCCGUGCGGCUGCCAAAUUUGAAGACCCUAUCAGCGGAGAAAGAUCAUACAUAAGCUAGGAUGUAUACUAAGAGUAAGCCGGUCGCAUGAUCGAAUGCUUUUCUCAUCGAGGCGUUUGUGUACACAAGCCAAUGAUAUUGGCAUCUAAGAAACGUAGUUCCUGGCAAAGCCAAGUUGUCAAAAACCCGAAGUUGGCAAGAUAUGCCGAGGACCUGGGCCAUCGCACUGUAGACCAGAGUCCUACUGUAUGCAAGUAGUCCAUCAUAUCGUC